GACGCCCAUUUGCAUGGCGCUCUCAAGAACGUCCGCGAGAUGGAGGCCGCCUCGGCGGUGCACGAGCAGGAGAAAUCCAAGAAAGCUCCGCGCCAGCGCACGCGAGGCCGAAGACGCUUCGAUGGGGGCCAGGCGCACAAGACCGCCAAAGGCAAUAAGUCCAGGAAGAAGGAGAAGAAGACGUCCAGCUCCGCGCAGUCCGCGAAGGGCCGAGCGCUGAAACUGCAUGACCCCUGCAGCUCGACAAGCAGCUCAGCAGCGACAACAGGCUCGAGCGGAAGCAGCGACGGCAUCGACCUGACGAAGAUAAAGAAGGAAC